AUGAUUCGGGUUUGGCAACCCUGCGCGUUUGGGACAUGCGUGGGCGCAGGCAGCCCGCGACUCAACCAACACAACCCCGCUCACCUUGAACGUUUAACGCUAAACCUACCGGAGCUCGACGUAAAAAUAUCACCUCCGCAUCUAACCAUAUUAAACACUAUCCACCGACGUGUCGGUGACGGCAAGCAGAGGCCGGCAGAGGGCGCGGCUGCAGCAGGCUGCACCACCCUCGAGCUGCACCGCAAACAGAAACAGCCUGUAUUACUACGCCUUACGAGCAGGUCUGGCUGCGCUAGAGUCGUUGAAGCGUGCUUCCUUGAGCCAAUUAAAACAAGUCCAACAUGCCUCACCGCCCCCUCCUCCCCGCGUCUUACGUCGCUUGGAGCGCCUCGCCUGCGCCUGCGCUGCGUGCUCGCCGCCGCGACGCGCAAAAACGCUGAUAACACUAUUAUGGCCAUUGAGGACUUGACCCCGAGCACGUGGCGCACGUUGCACCACCGCGCACUGCCUGCAUCACCUCACCACUGCGCCACCACACCAGCGGACCAUCAGCAGUUAACCUGCUGCACCGUCACUCGGUACCGAAACUUCCCCAAACAUUAUGCCAUGCAAAAUGCCAGUAAACCUCAUCAUGUCGCUAGGGUGCAACACAAGUACAAUUACAUGGUCAUCCAGGAGUCAUCCUCGCCUGUAACCGGCUGCCGCAUGCAGAGCUCAGGCUCAGGUCCACCUUGCAAUUUGCGCGACUCUAAAAAUGUCAACGAGUUUUAUAAUGUAAGGCGCAGCUCCCGGCCGCGCAUGCCACCGCGGCGCACGCGCAGCGCACCGACCUCUUUGCGAAGAACUGCUCAGGACGGCAAACGAGCUGACGAAUUACCUGUUGAUAAGCAAUCAGCGCCGCCCAUGGACACUCGCAACGACAGAAGAGUUGGUCUGCUAGUGAGUGACGUGCCGUGUGAGCAAUGUAACCGCGCGCUCGGACAUUUUGUCUGGUGGUAUUGUGGCGGCGGCGCGCGGGUAGCAUUAGUCCACAUUAGACACGGCGCUGCUGCUACGUGUCGCCAUUGUCAGCCCCGCGGCUCCGUGCGCGGUAGGUGUGUCAUAUCGUUGGUUUCUUACCCAUAUCUGCAUGCAGCUGUGACUCCUCUGGUGCUGCCUGUGUCCAUGGGCGGCGCCGACCACUUACCAUCAGGUACUAUCUUGUGGUCGAUAAAGCACAUCAGCGAGAUGCGAUUUGUUGUGAACAAUAGUGUGUUCCACGCGAACACACACACAUACACGCAGCAAACAUGCAGCGUCAACAGUGCAGCACUGUGUGCGUGGCGCGGGGCUGAUCAAUCAGCCGGCAACUAUGCGCUCAGCGACAAAUGA